AUGAAUUUAAAAUUUUCAUUUUUUUUAAUAGUUUUUACUAUUGUGCCAAUAUUUUGUCAAACAUUUUUUCCAAAAGGAUUUAGAAAUACAGAAAAUUCAAUUACAUUUGAUUGGGAUUUAAAUGAUCCAAAUUAUUAUACAAAAUGGGAAAUAACAAAAGCAGAUGGUAAUAUAACUGAAAUGAGUUUUCAAUGUACGAAUAAUGCAACAAUAAAAAGCUGUACAUAUACAAAUAAUGGAACACCACCAAUGAAUGAAUUAUAUGGUAUAAGUGGUAUGCCAUGUUAUAUGGAUGGCAGUAGUACUGAAAAAUGUCAAGGAAUAUUACAACCAUCACAUUAUCCAACACCAAUUAUAAACUCAACAAUACCUUCAAUUCCAGUAGAUGGUACAUCAAUAACAUUGGUUGGUUCAUUUAUUAUAUUUAUAGUUGGUAAUGAUUCAAAUUAUUUUCAACUUUCAAGUGGUGGUAUAGCAAAUUUCAAUUCACCAAUUCAUUUGGAUCCAACUCAAAUGAUUAUAAAUAUUCCAUCAGGUUGUGGUCAAGAUUCAAUUAAAUGGCCAAGUGGAUCAAAACCAUUAUCAUUCAAUUAUAUAGCACCAACAGUUACACCCAGUACAUUAUCAUUUGAUGGGUAUAAUAUUAUUAUAAAUGGUUCAAACUUUUGUAAUAAAACCAAUUCAAUACUAUCAGUUUAUCUUGGUGGUGUAUUACAAACAGACAAAGUUAAAAUUAAAUCAACCUCUAUUGAACUUGAUGUUAGUCAAGUUUUAUAUUGUGAGAUAUUAUAUUUCUCUGUAACAUUUGGUUCAAAUGUACAAACACUAGUAAAUCAAGCAAUAAUAUUUUCACCCAUUUUAUAUAAUGUAAACUCUGUACCAGGCGCAAUUGGUGGAAAAAUAACCAUCAAAGGUAUAAGAUUAACUACACCACCAGGUAUUCAACAUAAUACUAUUCUAAGUUUUGAGAGUAGUUGGAAUGUCACUGCUUCUACUCCAUCCUAUAUUUUAUGUGAUCUUCAACCUGGCUAUGAAAAACCAAUUCAAUUAAGCGUUGUGGUGGGUAAUAUCAUGUCAUCAAAUAAUAUUACCUUUAAUUAUAAUGAAAUUUCAAUUAUAAAAUCAACACAAAAUACAAACAUCAUAACAUUGUAUGGUGAUUGUUUUGGUAGUGAUAAUAAAACAGAAAUUGUAAUCGGAGGAACAUCUUCGGUAACCUCUUAUCAAGUAAAUACUUAUGAAACUUCUAUUAUUUUUGUGAUUCCUGGAAACUAUGCAGGUGAAACUCUUGUUCAAGUUAAGGCAUAUGGUUAUACUGCUGGAUAUUAUAUCCCAUUACAACUUUAUGUUACACCCAGUGAUGCAAUUUUAAACUCUCCUCAUGCAACACAUUUUAAAUAUUAUUUCCAAAGUUUGGAUAGUAUAAACCCAAAAAUUACAAUCAAUGGUGAAACCUUUGUUGGUGAUGAUAACUCCAAAGAAUUAAAAGAUGAUGGAAGCUCAACCUAUAUUUUCAAUAAUUUCCCCGGCGUCUGUGGUGUUCAAUCUCUACAAUAUGAAAUUGGAAAUCAAACUUAUAAUGGCACCGUUACAUCACUACAACCAAGCUAUGCAAAUUGUACAUACUCACCAGAGACUAAUAUUACCUUAUGUACUGGUACAAAUUUUGGUGGAUCUUACUUUGAUAAGCAAGUUAUUAUUCAAUUUUCAAACUCAACCAUUACACCAAUCAAUAUAACCGAUACUGAAUUCACAUUCUAUACCUAUGAUAAUUAUGUUAGUGGUCAUUUAACUAUCAAUUCAUGUGGUGAUAGUGCAGAUACAUUUUAUAUUAUAAAUGCGGUUUACUUUUCAAAUGUUGCUGAAGGAUUUCAUAAUAACAGUCCAAAUGAUGCUGUAAUUGUAAAUGGUAAAUUCUUUGCAUCAAGUGGUGUAGUAUCAAUCGAAUGUGGGAAUAAGACAUUCCCUAAAUGUAAUUUAAUUGAUUAUAAAACCAUCUCUUGCCCAGUUCAAUUAGAUGGACCUUAUGAUCAAUUUUGUACACUCACUUUUGAAAAUAAAACCAAUAUACCAGUUUAUGUUUCAUUUCAACAACCAAUAGCAUUGGCUUCAAAUUCUUUAUAUUUAGAUGGUGGUGAAUUGGUUAUUUUUGGUGAUUGUUUUUAUGAUAUAAUCGAUAAUAUUCAUAUUGGUCCUGUUCAAUGUAUUGAUAGUAAAUUCAUAUCUUCAAAUGCAAUCGCAUGUACACUACCACCCACCGCAGACAAACAUCUAUUGAAUCAAAUAAUGUUUAUAAAUAUUACUAUUGCUGGUAAAAGUGGUGGUGGAUAUGCUUUUUCCUAUUUAACUCCAUGGAUUCAAUUCGACUCAACCUCCCCUACUGCAGAUUCAAUGAUUAUCAUUACCACUAUAAUAAUUGCAUUUGCAAUCGGCUCAAUUUAUAUUCAUUUCGCUAUUCUAUUUCAUAAAAAGAAAAAUAUUAAAAGAGUUUUACCUUCAGGUGCUCCAAAACAAGUUGACCAACGAAGACAAUUAACUCGUCAAUUAACUCAACCACAAUUUAUAAUACCACAACAAACAUCAUCCUCAAGAUCAAAUUCAAUUUCAAGAUAUUAA